CCUGGUGCAGGUCCACUUUCAGCCUCUCCAUGGCUUCGGCGGCUCUUCAGAUUCUGGGGAUGAGCCUGGCGGUGCUGGGCUGGCUGGGGGCCGUGGUGUCUUGUGCCCUGCCCCUGUGGAAGGUGACGGCCUUCAUCGGCAACAGCAUCGUGGUGGCCCAGGUGGUGUGGGAAGGGCUGUGGAUGUCCUGCGUGGUCCAGAGCACGGGCCAGAUGCAGUGUAAGGUCUACGACUCCCUCCUGGCCCUGCCCCAGGACCUGCAGGCCGCCCGGGCCCUCUCUGUCAUCGCCCUGCUGCUGGCGCUCCUGGGCCUGCUGGUCUACCUGGCCGGAGCCAAGUGCACCACCUGCGUGGAAGACGAAGGGGCCAAGGCGCGUCUGGUUCUGACUUCGGGAAUCGUGUUCCUGCUGUCGGGGCUGCUGGUCCUGAUCCCGGUGUGCUGGACGGCCCACGCCAUCAUCCAGGACUUCUACAAUCCCCUGGUGGCGGAGGCGCAGAAGCGGGAGCUGGGGGCGUCGCUCUACCUGGGUUGGGCGGCCGCGGCCCUGCUGCUGCUGGGCGGGGGUCUGCUCUGCUGCACCUGCCCCCCGGGAUCCUCGCGGGGGGCGGGACGCUACGUGGCCCGCUAUGCCGCAUCCCCCUCCGCUCCGGGGGUCUCCCGCGGGCCCUCCGACUACCCGGCCAAGAAUUACGUCUGAGCGGCCUCCGCAAGGGGCGGGACGGUUCCCUCGGACGACGGAGCCUUUGCCCGUGGAGGAUGGAGCCCCAGAGUUGGCCCCUGGCGGCUCUGAGAUCUUCUUGCCCUUUGGAUGCUCGACGGCCACUUCUCCUCCCCCGGAUGACGCCUCCCUUUUUUCCCCCUGGAUGAUGGAGCCUCGCCGAUGCCAUCCUCUCCUUUCGCCGCAUGGCAGGCAGACCCAGGCCCCGGGAUCGAUCUUCUCCCCCCACCCAGGCCCCAGGAUCAAUCUUCUCCCCCCACCCUCCCUUCCGAGCCCCUGGAUAAUGAAGCUGCGAGGACACCCCCACCAGCCUGCAGAUGACGGAACCCCAGAGGCGGCCCCUCUCCUCUGGUGAUGGUGGCGGUGGCCGGGGGGAGGGGGCGCCGCCGCCGCCGAGAUGCCCCCGAAGCCACAGGAGCCAGAGUGCCAGCUCGCAGCUUGUCAAUGGAGGUGAAGGGUUCCCUGACUUCCCCGCUCCCCGGGGGCUGCUGCUGGGGGUUGGGGGUUAGUUUAUCUUGCCCCCCCGGGUGCCCCUAGAGUCAAAGGGACUUACUUCGUUCCCUGGGGUUCUCGAGCAGGGGCGAUGGCCCUGUUUUCCAUCUCUACAGAGCUGAGUUUCAGCCUCCCUCCCAUUCCAGGUGAGGGUGGCGGAGGAUCCUCCGCCUGCCUUCUCGGCCUCCUGGAGGGGCCACUCCAGAUCCUCCCUCCUUGGGAGGGCGGAGCUGCAGGGCGGUGGUUGUUUGCCCAGUUCUCACUGAUGGUGGAGGCCUCCCUUCCUCAGACACCUUCUUGGGUGCUGCUGGAUAAUGAGCCCUAUGAAAUUUUGGGGGUCUCGCCCUCCAAAGUGUCUCUGGCUACCUGUAUCCCAAGGGAGGGGUGAUCUGACGACACCCCCCCCCCCCCCACAACACACACCGUGGGUGUUUGUUAGAGACAGAGACGGGGUAUCAGGUGGCUCAGUUCUCUAGUUUGGGGGGCUUUCAGGAGACCUCCCCGUUCAGUUCCCCGGCUCAUUGUCUGAUCUCUUCUUGUCUCUCUCCCUCCUAGAGCCCGAGUGUUUCCCAGCCCUCUUUCCUGAUGCCCCAAAUAUGCUGCACCCUGACACUGGCCUCUCCUGACAUCACACUCCUCCCCCAAACUCCCUGCAUGCACCCUGGGUUUUUUAUUCGCCCACUACCUCUAUUUUAGAUGCUGCUGAAUAAACUGUUUGUGUUUUUAAA